AUGCACCGCAAUGCGAGCUCUAGCAGGAUGGUGUCGAUUGAUAAGCGCAUGUGGCGGCGGGUUUGGUGGAUCUUGGUUCAGUUCGACGUUAUGGUAUCCCUAUUGUAUGGAAGACCUCAGGCUGUCAACUUGGAGGAUUGCGAUGUUCAGCCUCUUACUGCGACGGAUUUCGAAGGUUGUGGGAGCCGCGUUCAAAUUGAUUAUGUGAUACACUAUACCGAGCUUUGCACCAUGAUUUCGUUCAUCGUGAAAGAAAGAUUUGGGUUGCGAGUCAGUCCCGAACGGCGGAAGGCCGUUCUUAACGAGGCUGAUAAAGCACUUGCGAAUUGGUCGCUUAUGCUCCCAGAUUCGGUUCGAAUGUCCUCUGCCGACUCCGGUUCGUGGCCGGCUCUCCUCCAUCUGACCUACAACAAUUUCCUGAUAUUGCUUCACCGCCCUCACCCUCGAGCUUCGGCGUAUUCGGAUGAUUACGGCCCUAACGAUGCUGAGAUAUGUAGCGCAGCUGCUGGCGUCAUUGUCUCUAUCUUCGAGGACCUGAGAGAGAAGGAUCGGUUGAAAUAUUUGUGGAUUUCAUCGGUCAACGCCUUAUUCACAGCGAUGAUUCAAGUACGGGUGGAACUUCGAUUUUCAAACCCUGUACUAGCAAUCAACGGCCUUCGUCGAUUCGAUUCAACACUCGCCUCGCUUCGCAUUCACGCAGAAUACUGGCUCAACGCUGAGACGAUCCUGCGCUUAUUUGAGAGUUCAAAACGCCUGCAGCGUGACAUCCAGGAUGUCAAAAUACGAGACUCCACCUACAAAUCGAAGGACGUGGAUCACCAUCAUCAGCAACGAAAACACCCAGAGCCAACCAGUCCGGGGGCAGAUUCACAAUCAGCCCCACCACAUGUUAAUGAUAACAUCUGCUCACCCAAUGGCCUUCAGUUCGAUGACCGUAUCAAACUCUCUCCCUCAUCCGCGCCAAUCCAGCAUCCCGCUCCCGUCGUUGACCACAUCGGAGUAACGAACCAGGUGGCGGGCGGACCCGGCGGCCCAGCCGAUUGGCGACAACUCUUUUCGUUUGGCGACUCCGAGCAGGUUAGGCCAAUUGUCAUGGAGGACCUGACGGACAUGGAAGAUGAGUGGCGUGAAUUAUACCUGCAUGAGCCGGGCAUGUCGGAUUAUUUCCAGGACUCGUCCUGGAUGCAGCCGUUGUGA